ACUAGCUGCCAGAAGGACAGGGAGAAAUGGCUGAUACCAUAGCUGACACAAGAAGGCUUUUUACCAAGCCUCAGAACCUAAAUGACGCUUAUGGACCCCCGAGUAAUUUCCUAGAGAUUGAUGUGAGCAACCCUGAGACAAUCGGGGUCGGCAGGGGCAGAUAUACCACGUAUGAAGUCAGACUGAAGACCAACCUACCCAUCUUCAAGCUGAAGGAGUCUUGUGUACGGAGGCGGUACAGCGACUUUGAGUGGCUCAGAGCAGAGCUGGAGAGGGAGAGCAAGGUGGUUGUCCCACCUCUCCCAGGAAAAGCUCUUUUCCGGCAGCUUCCGUUCAGAGGGGAUGAUGGGAUAUUUGAUGACUCUUUCAUUGAGGAGCGGCGACAGGGUCUGGAGCAGUUUCUCAACAAAGUGGCCGGUCACCCUCUAGCCCAAAACGAACGAUGCCUGCACAUGUUUCUACAGGACGAGUCCGUGGACAAGAACUACACCCCAUCCAAAAUCAGACAAGCUUGAAAGUAAAGAUGGCUCUGCUUGGCCUGGUCUGGCUCAGCCUGACAACCCAAAGCUCUCUUCACUGCUCCAGGUUUCUCUCAGAUAAUAAACAUUUCAGUGAUGACUUCUC